AUGAUGGGGUGCCUCUUCGCCUGCUUCCGAGCGUCCGGCGGCGACGGCGAGGCGAAGGGCGCCGGCGGCCAGCUCGCGCAUCCGUCCCUGGGCCCCGCGACGACGACGAGCCACCAGGAUGGCGCGGGCAGGAGGACUAGGCCGCCGUCGAGGAACGCGCUCUCCGCCGUGUUCCAGCGAGAAGAUGAGGGAUCGAGGGUGACGCAGACGGCGAGCUCGUGGGCGGAGCAGAGUGGUGAGAGGAAGGGGAUGGAUCAGGAGCUUGAGCCCCAGGCCAAUAUCCAAAAAAGCUGUGGUGCAUUACUGCAAACUACAAAUGACAUCCAAAGAGCGGUCAAAGAUGCAGAUUCAGUUCAUCAGAAGGAAACACAUUCAGGAUGUCUUCCUGUUAUGUCUGAUGAUCUACAUAUCAUGGAAGUGACGAAGGUUGAGAACUGUGAAACUCCUUCAAGGUCUCAUCAGAGCUCCACUGUACCAGAUGCAAUGAGUUCUUCAAAAACAAAUGAUGAGUUGCAGACUUCCGCUACUUCCCUUGCAAAUAAUGUGGAAGAGUCGACAAAUGAGAACAAUACUGAGGCUUGUGUGCAGGGUGUAAAACAACAACAAGCUCUGGAUCUUGCUGAGAAUUUUGAAGAAUGUGGGGUUUCAAAAGAAGAUUUCAUUCACCCUGAAAAAUUAGAGGAUCCAAAGUGUGCAAAGAGUGACCAUGUGGUCUCUAUGGAAAUUUCAAUGUCUGAUGAAUGUUCUCUUUUCCAGAGCUCCGAGGGUUCUGUAUCCUCUUCUAAUAAGAUAAUUGAGAGCAUGAAUACAACAUCUAUGGAGAAGUCCCCAAAAACUGAGGCAACUAUUCAUGCCACCAGAAAGAAGCUAUUGAAGAGCAACACUUCAGAAGUGGAGCUGCCAAGCUUAGCCCAAUGGUUGAAGCCUACAAAUCGUAAGAAAGCAUUCAGAGAUGAGGUUGUGACAGGAGACGGAUCUCAUUCAGCUAAGAGUUCAGAUGAUGAUAGGCCUAUUAUUGGAAUGGUUGCAGCACACUGGAAAGAUAAAGAUCCAGAAAAUUUUACCUCUAAAUGGUGGGAUGGAAAUGGCAUUCCCAAUUCAACAAACAAGUAUAAAGAAGAUCAGAAGGUGAGUUGGCAUGUAACAUCAUUUGAGGAGAGGCUUGAGAAGGCUUUAUCUGAAGAGAAGUUGCUCUCUGAAAGGAACUGUUCAAGUGGAAAGACAUCUCAGUUUUUGGGAGUGGAAGGCGAGGAGAGUGAUACGGCUGAAUCUAAUCGUCUAUAUGCUACUGCUUAUGCAUGA